CUCGCCCUCGUUACAUAAAUCCGAACCUUUACCACCUCAUUUUCAAGUUUCAGCUACAUAGGUUUCAUUUCUCAGCUUCAUAUAGUAGCUCUUGACCCGCAGCUCCAUUCCUCCGACCUUCGACUCCAAAAGCUCCAACCUCCCGAGGUCCAACCCGAGGUCCCCAACCCACUGCGAAAUGUCGCCUCUCCUUUCCCUUCCUCGAGAGCUUCGCGACACCAUCAUCGACCGUGUCCUAUCCUCAGCUCGCCUUGCUCCGCCAACUAUCUCUUCUGCAGAGUCCAAUCGAUGCGCACCGCCAAGCUACGAAGGCCCCCAGGAUCCCGGCUUCGACUCUUGGCCCUAUGGCCAAUCCCACGUGCGCUUCGAGCAGCCAGCCUACAUAUCCAACAGUUACCCUCUCUUCCUCACAAAUCACCAGCUCGCGGCUGAAACCGCUUCAGCACUCCGCCGGCUUUCUCUUCCAUACGAACUCGACGUCAUGCAAGUUGAUGAGGCAGAGCUGUGGCCAACGUGGCUGUCCGUCCCGGUGCUCACUUCCAAGCUCGAUGUUGUCAACGUCACUUUCCGCGCUACUGGCUUUGCAAAGAAACGAAGUAUGUGGAAACGUGGCUGUGGGGCUCCGCCGUACAUGCUGUGGUGCUUUUACUAUCUGUUGGAACAUGUUUUGAAGCGGGGUCCCGUGGGAAAGACCUCUGCGUCUUGGGAUCGAGAAGUGAGCAUUAAGACGUUGAAUCUUAAUUUUGUGGGCAACAAUCAUGUUUCGCCAGGAGACCCGUCCGACUCCAGAGACAUCAAGUAUACCUACUCCGCCGACCCGGACGAGAACACAAACAACAUGGAUUUGCGGCCGGAAUGGGUGGCGGACUUCCUAGACUCCGAACUCUGGGGUCUGCUGGGGAUGGGCAAUAGUGGCGCGGCGUAUGGUAAGAUUUUGCAUGAGAGGGUUGGGAGCAUCCAGUUUAUGGUGAAUGGAGAGACGAAGGAAAACCUGAAUCUCACUAACAUAUUGCAUGAGCUGAAUCCAACGAGUAAGCACGACACGUUCGGGCACGUCGCACCUGAGGAGAGGCUCUCGGCGUUUUGGAAGUGGAAAGAAGAAACGGCAAGGAAAAGGAUGGAGCUCGGAUUUCUCGGGGUGGGUGACGAAGAUUUAGAUGAGGACUGGAGAGAACAAUACGGCUAGCCAUGCCCAACCACAAAGGCAGGGGAACAAAUCCGUCUCACUAUAGCAGGGAGAAGUCCCGAAUACAUAUUUACAGAAGCGGUUAGCUGUAUAACGCCCUAUUGGUCAAUGACUACCCUACGCAUCUCGGCAACUUUCUUCGUAUCUCAACUCUUUACAUCUCAUCAUCGACUCCUCCAUCAUCAUUACUACUCUCUCAUUAUUGCUGCACCAAUGCGGGCG